AUGAGAAAACCCGGAACUAAUUACACCCGCUUCUACAUGCUCCUAGAUGAUAUUUUGAUUGUUUUGCGCAUAGAAACCAUUAUUCUCGUACACAGAUACCUUAGUUGUACAUCCCGGCGGCAACAUCGUGUUAUCGUUGAGCACGCAAGAAGGUAUAGCGUGAUCAAGAAGCUCCCAGCGCAAGUUAAGCACCUUGAUAGGUUGGUCAACGUAACAGACUACGAUUAUGUAGCAAACCCCCGAAUGGAUCGGAACACAUUUGGGCGCCUCUGCCUCAUAUUAUCCGAACGCAGUGGUCUGUGGACUGGUAAGUGUGUUGGGGUUGAGGAACAAGUUGCAAUGUUCAUCAGUGUCCUUGCACAUCAUCACAAGAACUGCGUUGUUAAAUUCCACUUCUGGCGAUCUGGUUCUACUGUGUCGAAUUAUGUUAACAAGGUUUUAGGAGCAGUUCUUAGUCUACAUGCGAUUCUCUUAUCGAGGCCCAUCCCUGUCCCCAACGAGUGCACUGACCAUCGCUGGAAGUGGUUUAAGGUGAGUUUCAAGGCUGUGUAG